CCGUGCUGCGGUGAAACGGGUGACAGCUCGCACGCGCGGAGCUCGCCUGACGACCGGCCAGCUCUCGGGAGGUCAACGGUUUAGUGACGCAGAAAAGGCCGGCGCGAUGGAACUUCGCCCCCAGAGCUACCAUGCAGCUCUUACGGGUGUUGUGUCCCCCUGUGUCUCCCUCCCCUUUAGUUUUUCUUUUCUUAUUUUUAUUUUAUCUUUGUCUCUUGCCUGUGCACAAGGCAGAUUUUUUCCUUCUCUCUUUUAAGUGUGGGUGUGCAUGUGUGUGAGAGGUUUUUAUUAGUAUUAUUUCAUGUGUGUAAUAACAUUUGUUGUUUUGGACCGUUCAUUUUGUUUUUGUGGGUUUUGUGUGGUCUGGGCUCUUCUGUGGUUCGGCUGGAACGUCGCGCGCCGUCGUUGGCCGAGCGAGUGGGUGUGUGUUUGUGCCGGCUGCUUGAGCGGUUGCGAGCGUGCAUCCGGCGACAACCUCCAUGUCUGUUGGGUGCAGCGUACCGGUGCGACAGGCGAUCUCUGGCAGCGGUAGCGGCAGCGGUUCGCUGUGCAUCGUCAUCCUCAACAAGAGGAGAAUUAAUGAGGGCGAGAAAAAGAUAAUGGUAAAGAGAAAGAAGAUAGACGCUGCACGAGGAAGGAGAGACAAGCCCACGCGGAGGAACGGACAUGGGUCAAACACAAGCCACAACCACGACACCAGCAUCAGGCCAGUCCACAUCAACAACUACAACAGCAGCCUAACAACUGAUGCUGGAAGUUGUGAUUCCUUGGUGCACUCGUUAUUUUUGCCUCCGCGCGCACGCCAGCUGCUUCUCCUAGCUGCCUGCGCGCGUGCGGGUUUCGCGUGAGGGCUCGCGCAGUCAAUAAGCCUAGCUUUGCCAUGACAACGCGAUUUCUAGCAGCGCCUGACACGUCAGUCGCAGACAUCGAGCAGGGCUGCUGAGCUCAUUCAAUGUGGGUGGAACGUGGCCUUCAGGCGUCCGCAGCUCUCUGUGACAUGGAUCAGUGGCCAGCGUGCACCUGUCACCUACAGUAGAAACAAGGUACGCUAUACACCCUCUACCUGCCGAUGUCAGGUCACAGCGUUGUGGGCAACAUAUACCGGGAACUUCCUAAAAGUUUAUGAAUGAGAAUUUGUGCAAUAUGUUGCUGAUCACGUUCAAGGUGGUCACUUCGUAUUCAACACAUCACGGUGCUUAAAGGACUGUCUACCUGCCAGUGUCUUCUCCAACCCCUAAUAAAACGACAAAUUAGAAUCAUCGUCUGCCAACGUAUCCAUAACUUCAUUUACCAACAUAUCCCCAUCAGAAUAGGUCAACUUAUCCAUAAAAUCAUCUGCCAACAUAUCUACGUCAGCAUCUUCAAAAGUAUCCACAUCAUCAGCAUCGGUCAGCUUAUCUGUAACUUCAUUUGCCAACGUAUCCACAUCUGCAGCUGUCAGCAUAGCCGCAACAUCGAAUGUGCUUCAGCUGGAGAAAUGGCUGCAGAUUACAUCCAGGAAAUAUUUUCAGUGGCAGCGCAAUGCAAAAAUAACUCUUUUGUCUCCUACGGCGGGAAAGACCAAAACAAGUGUUACAUCCCGAUGUUUCUGUGAUAAUUAUCGUUAUCUAUUUAUAGCGAUAGACUAUGGUUUUAUAGCUGAGCAAAAAGAGAGCGGGCUGUUUUCUACAGCAGUGGGACGAUGAAGACCCUAGGAGUUGUUACCACAGCCGUCGGACUAAGUCGAUGGGGUUGGAGACUAACCUCAUGAAACUAAUCCUAUUACUCAGACAGAAAACAACUUGUUGACACUGACAACGCAUCUUUGCCACGAGGACCAUGAAAGAGCAGGAUCUAUUGCCUGCAGAGGGAGGCAAAUUCUGUCACGAAGGCUGGCGGACGUAGGACGCAAGUCACGUGACGAUGUAACACGAUGAACAACAACAGCAGCAGCACCAAUGACCCGCAGCACAACACAGACGGCUUGGUAUCGGGGUUGCUAGGCAAGUCCCGCACGUCAGCGGUGGUUGCAGAGACCCUAACGCUGGGGGUGCUGUGGCUGUUGUCGUUGCUGGGCAACGUGCUGGUGUGCCUGGUCAUCCACCGCAGCCGUCGGAUCCAGUCCACCACCAACUUUUUUGUCGUAUCGCUAGCCAUGUCCGACCUUUGUCUGUCCGUGAUCUGCCUGCCUUUUGUGACGGCACGGGUCAUCGCGGGGUCAUGGCUGACAGGCCAGUUUCUGUGCAAAGUCAUCAGGUUUGUGCAGUUCGCGGCCCCAGCGGCCGCCAUCUUUGUCCUCGUCUCCAUCUGCAUUGACCGCUUCUACACUAUCAUAUAUCCGUUGAGCUUCAAGGUGACGCGGAGCACGGCCAAGCGCAUGAUCGCCUGCUGUUGGGUGGCCGCCGCCUCCCUCUCCUCCUUCUGCUUCUACUUCUUUCAGGUCCUGCAGCCUACAUCUUCCCAGGCCUCAGCAGUGACUUUCAGCUCCAGCCCGCUCACCACCUCAGGUAGCACCUUCGACCCGAACGCGGAGACAGUGUACGUGUGCCCGACGUUCGUGCCUGCCUGGGAGUGGUCCGGCAAGACGUAUGGACUUGUGCUGGUGCUGUGCCAAUUUCUGUUGCCUACCUUAAUAACAGGGGUAGGUUACUCGCGGGUGGUCAGGUAUAUAUGGACUACAGGCGCACCUGGAGUGCGAACUAUUCACCGCACUGCCAACCCAGUGCCCCGCACCAAAGUAAAGGCUGUAAAAAUGUUGCUGAUAGUCACCUUGUCCUGUGUCAUCAUGAUGGCGCCCAUCUACAUAGCGCAGAUAGUCUACUCUUUCCAGCCACUUCACUAUCUGGAUCGGACUGUCUUUAUCUUGGCUUUCUGGCUGCUCAUUGGUACGGGUGUGUCCAAGCCGUUACUGUACCUCUACUACAACGCCAACUUCAGGCGGGGCUGCAGGGAGGUGUUUUGCAUGUCGUCCAUGAAGUGCUACCGGUCCAGUACGUACACCAUUACCACCACGUCUUCGCUGGGAAAGCGUAACUACGUGGGCGUAAUGGAGUUAAGCAGCGACGGCCAACGACUGGCCUGCGGUUCCCCGACGAAGGCCUUUAACAGGGCGCUGUACGUCGAGAAGAGUGCGUGGCCCUUAAACGGCAGCUUUUCUUCUUCCUAUGUCUGAAAACCUCUGUAGCUGACUGAGCGUCCUCUCCUUUAUAAACACUUACUUCAAAUGAUGAAAUGCAAUUUGAUCUGAAUUGUGCAUUUUUAACUGCAUUUAGCAGCGUCGUACAGUGAAUUUUGUAUUCUCGCAAACCGGUUUUCCGGCUGAACAACAGUAAAGACAAGAAACCAGACCAGCAUGUAUGUUGGGACAAUACUGCCUACAAGAUGACAGCAGUGUAUGAAAAAAUGUCAGCAAUGCUUCACACAACUUUCACAACUUGAUCACAAUGUCACAGGAUACGACCUUUUUUAUCGCCAUCCAGCAGAUCACUGGGAACAGUACCUCCCAAACGACUAGACUGUGGCCUGAUUAAAUGUCAAGUUGUUUUUUGUUUUUUGAUUUGUUUGCUUUUUGUUUUUGUUUUUUUACUGCAUUCCUGAGAUAUGUUUAUUUGCUUGACUAAAUGACCACAAAAUGUGCUUUCUUUGCCAGUAAUGGCUUUGUUUAGGAGGUUUUAAACACAAAUCUUACAGCCGAUCUUUAUUUGCAAGCACCCGCAUGUAUAGUAUGACAUCGUCAAACAUAACAGGUGUGAGUCUCCGCAUAAAGAUCACAGGAACGACUGAACGGCAAAAGGAUUUUCUGGAUCUGAGCGUGUGAAUAACCUUUCAGUUACCUUCUGUUGGCCCCGCGCGCCUGCUGAUGGGACAGUCAGAGUGACUGUGGGAAGCUGGGUACUCGAGAACUACUUCACGUUCAAGUGAUAUCAAGUCAGGCAUCAUAUUUACUCUGCCCGUCAGGCAACAGAAGAGAGACCAGACGGCUUUUGCAAUAACAACAACCCACAAGUGCUCGCACUCAACACACACAUCAUUCACUCGAUCAUUCGAUCACCUGCGACGAGCAACAAAGCCAGCCGAUUUUCAGUGGACAAAAGGACAUGCUCGUGUUGAUCAUACAAACAAAAGAUAUAAUUAACAGAACAAAUAAAAAAGUUCAAAGCUCUGUUCUAAGUAUUCAUGUACAGCUCCGAAAAGUCACAAACUGUGGCAUGUGAGAGCGCGAGGGCAUAUACAAAACUUUAACAAUAAAAGUAGAAGCUAAAUAACACGGCGACACAUAUACAGAAGUAGGUGCACCCUAACUGACAGCCCAAAACUAAAAUGUUUUUAUACUUCUUUUUUAUUUAGCGAUAACAAGAAAAAUAUUAAUUUUUCUUUUUUCUUUAAAAGUUGUAAGAUGACAUACAUUGUUCAAACGCAAAUAGUGAUUGCUUUUUCCCAGAUAGAUAAAAAAUAUCUAACUAUGAGAUUCAUGAAAUUAACCGAAUGAAAAUUUAAGCGUUUAUUUUGUUACAAAAGAUGAGAAUAUAGGCGUGUGGGAAUGUGUUCGCUAUAUCAUUAGAUAAAUAGAUAUUAAAACUGUGGGAGAGGUAUCAUUAGACAAUUAUCUGUUAAAACUAAUGGAGAUAUGCGUUGAUAAAUAUGAAUGUCGUUUAGGUUUAGUAUACCUCUCUCGUGGUUAUUUCUUUAUAUCAAGACCGAAUUAUUAUUGAUUAUUAAUAUUAUCGCGUCUAUUAUUGUUACUUGUCUACUCAAAUCAGUUCUUCCUUUAUAUUUUUAUUGUCAAGCCGUUUUAAAUUGUAAUCAUGAUAUCGUUUUUGACUAGGUGUGUAUUUGUUAGAUCGGCACUUACCUGAUAACUGUAAAACAAAACGAGAGCUACUAAAUGAAUUCUUCGUUGACUGAAUUUGUGAAAAAAUAUUAAUGUUUGAUAAAUUUUGCUUGCAACACGACUUGUCAGUAAUUCAACAGAAAGUUGUAGUGUAUCUGUUUUAAUCACUUUUAAUUCAUUUUAUUUAAUGAUUUUUUUAAAGUGUCCACAUGCAACACUUUAAUUAGAAACUUCUAAGCCAAUUGUUGAUAUAACAGGUAAAAAUGAUAAUAAAAAAAUCAACAAUCUAGUAAAUUUUGCCAGUGAAAGUUUGUCUCAGCUUAAUCCUAUUGAAAUCCUCUGCUAUUCCCUUUAAUAAAGACUUUUUUGGGGAAAUGAUGAUGAUGAUGUAUUUAUACAGCGCACACUUUUGCUACAGUAAUUCACGACGUACACAAUAAAGAGCAAGUGAACGCAUGCGCAAAAACGCCUACACACGCACAGACACACACUAUGAGAAAAGUUUUAAGCGACAUUUUGAAAGAAGAGAGAGAAGGCUUCUGGCUAAUAUGAAGUAUACAUAUAGGUCAUCCAGGUAAGAAGACAAACAGCAGAAAAGAAAUGGAGACUAAAUGUAAGAAUUCUGUUUCGAGGAACUAAAAGCCUGAGGAGUGGAGAAAAAGAGGUGGUGUGGCGAUAUAAAGGUGAAUUAAACAGGUAGAUGGGAGAAGAGCACGAACUUGUAUUACUGGACUGCUUGCAGACGAUUUAACUACUAAACCGAGGCUGGUGUAUAAAAAGCUUCCGGUUUAGUCAUAUUCAUGGUCGAGACUAACAGCGAUUUCACAAGAAGCUAAGGGUUGGUUUCGGCAGACAGCAGUCCACCUAUACACAUCUGUGAUGAGAGUCAUUGAGACACUUGUUGAAUUUAUGUGAAAUGCGUUUAGAAACUGAGAGCCACUGAAGUGCAGUAAAGAGAGGGGUGAACCAGUUUUAUUCUUCCUGAAAAUAAGACGGGCUGCGUUGUUUCGAACACACUGGAGAAUAUAGAUUGCACAGUCCGGAAGGCGAGGAAGAGCAUACUAUAACUUGUAGCAUUCUGUGCAAGAAAGGACGACAGCAAGCCUCUUUGUUUUGAUCAAGCUUACAUAUUAUCUUUAAAACGUCAUCUUCUUUCUUAACGUCCUCCUUACAUGCUUCAAUACUGGUUGACGUCACUCUUGUGAUGUCAGUUUCUAUUACCUCAGCAGAACUCUGACCUUACUACUGCUUGGCAGUUAAAAAAAAAAAUAGAUUAUUCAGGAGGCUGGAUCGUAGACAAGAAAUAUGAGAAUCAAGUCUGCGCUUGUUGACUUGCGUAUAUCCUCAAUCUAAAGCAACGGGAAGAAUGUUACGAGGAAAAUGGACCGUAUGUAGAGCAGAAAGCGUUGAACACCUGAAGGGUAGUAAUGAUUUAAAUCAGCAAACGAAAGCACAGGAAUCGAGAUUGUGUAGAUAUGGCGUUUGAGACCGUUAGACAAUAAAGAAGACAAAAAUGGGGCUCAGGCUCAGGAAAUAGCGCAGAAUAGUGGCAGACGAAACGCAGCGAAAAGCACAGAAUAUCAGAAGUCAGCAGACACCAAACGAUGAAAGCCCAAAGGCACUACAAGAAACAAAAGAGAAAGAACCAGGAUAGCUAGUCGCCUACAGACUGUACUCUCAUAUUCUGUGGUGUAACAAUCAGCUGGACCACGAACUUAUAAAUACACUUCCAUGGCUGUACUGUAGCUUAAGGGGUUUUGACAUGCAACGAUACUGUAGAUAAGUCACAGAUAGGUAUAACAUAUUGUAGACACAGGACCUCGCAAGUAUAUCGUCGGUGUCUAAUCGUCCACUCUUCAUUUCAUCCAUCUGCUUCUCAGUUUUGUGCAGGUCUACCCCUAACAACCUUUCGUUGAAGAAGUGACAGCGUACAAUCCUAGACCUUCUCGCACCUUUUGAAGACAGUGGCGUAUCUAUUCUGCAGAUUUUUUUACGGGCUUCAAAGGCGUAGUGGUAGGUGUAGAUUCCAGGGUUACACGUGAGAGUUUUCACCUGGGUCCCUUAAGGGUCUCUCUUCAAAAGCCCACCAGGUCCCAAACCGGUUUCUCACAGGGGUCCCUCCUAUUUUCUUUAAGGGACCCAUGAGUUCUCACAAGAUGGGUGUGUGUACGUGAAUGGGAAAUAUGCUGCCCUUUACUUUAAUUGGAAGAAGCCGGUUUCCUUUGUUCUAGGGCACGAUUACAUUCGGCCUUUUACCAGUGCCUGCAAAAGUUAUGUUGACACCUGUCCCUGCCUCUGUGGAGAAAUCCCCGACGAUCAGUACAAACCGCCAUUGUGAAAAUAUUGCACGUGCGUGUAUUAGCGCUUUCUCGGGUUACUAAAAAUAGAUUGUGACGUCACGCAGCAGAGCAUCAUGGGAUUGCUUUGCGGGCAAACACUGCACGUUGUUCUUUCUGUUU